AGCGAUCUGACAGCCUUGCCGGCGGGACACGGUGACCCAGAAUCCCUCAGCCUUGCCGAUGCCCGAGGGGCCCUACUGCGAACUUUGACUGCGCCUAGAUGCACCACCACCCUCAACCGAAUCUUGAAUACCAGUAGAACCCUCUCAUGCUCUCUACCCAUAAACGCCCUCAAUUGGCACGUUUGUGUUUCCUACUAUGCACAUUAUAUUUCUGUGCAUCUGGCUUCAAGGAGUGUCUUAGCUGUCUGCGAGAAAAAGAGCGUGAACCCGUCCUACGAGGACAAGGCAGCGCGUUUUCUACGUCGUCGCAAGAGUCUCCCUCCGUUUAAAGAAGUGCUCGUCGUACAUAUUGAGCGCCAUGACUACGUCAGCUCCUGCUGCGGGAACCUCUUCCUAUAUCGACAUCGACUUUCUCUCAUCAGACGACUUCUCUCCAUAUGCCCAUGCCAACAAGCUUAUCCUUGCCAGUAACAAUCCCUCAGAUCCCACCAUUGACCUUACAACACCAUUGUCACGUGUCUUGUUUGACCUUCAAGAGAUCGACUCACACAUCCACACGUUGACCUCCCGGUCGGCACUGGACAUAUUAACAUACACCUCCACUCAGAAUGCAGCCGCGCAACGGAUCUUGUCCAAAGUCGAGGAGGAGCGAGCCCGCCUUACUGCCAGCUACGAACGAUUAGAGCAGGAGGUGCUGGCGCGGCAUCAACGAGCGGUAGAGGCAAAGGACACGGCUCAACGGAGCUGGGAAGUCCUCCGCAUAGGACGCAGUGUCCAGAGAAUCCUUGGGCAAGCAAGACAGCUCGAGAUUCUCCUCGCAGAAGCCGGACUGGGAGGCGGUACCCCCAGGCUCGGCAAGGAAGACCAUAACGCUCUUGUCCGAGCCAGUCUCGUCGUCCUCGCAUUUCGAGAUGCCAUCAGCGGAAAGGAGGGAGACGAAAUCUGUCGGGUCAAUCUCGUCAAAACCUUGCGUGGCCGGGUAUUCGAGGAUGGAGAGGCCAGGAUUCUUGAUUUUGCCCGCCGGGUCGUCCGCGAGUUUUCCAUGAGCACCCUCUCAUCUGCGGCGACGGCGUCUGGGACUGGGGCUUCUACUACCACGACGACGCCGACGUUUCGCGAGACAGAGGAUAGCCGUGCGCGGUUUACGAGUGCGGUGCAUAUUCUUUAUCUGCUCUCACCUGCACCUCGGAUCAGUGGGGAAAAGAUGGCCAAGAAUGAUUUCGAGCCGGAAUACCUGAUUCGUGCAUUGCAAGCCUAUCUACACACGGCCAUCACCUCCAGCGCUGCCUCGAUCGGACGUGCUCUGGGCCAGCUACCGACACUGGACAGAGCCUUGCUGGAAGCCAGCGCGCGUUGUCAGAAUGUGGUGGCGCUGGAGGUCCUGUUGCGUGGGAUACACGCUCCUGAACAUCCCCUGUUACAGGCACGCGAGACCAGUGACAACGUCAAGAACACGCCAGAAGAUGAGCUUGACGACAGUGACAGCGACGAAGAAGAUGAAGUGCCCAUCUCCUCAGCCCAGUCGUCGGAUAAUUUCCUUACUCUCCUUCUCAACGCCCUUGAUACUGCUUCGCUCCCAUCCUAUUUCUGGCGUUCUUUGGCCUCUUCUCUAUCACCGCGGGUUUCCGAGAUCCUAAUUCGUGGAGGAGUUGCUGCUCGCACAUUGCGAAGUCAACGCGACGUCAUCCGAGCAGAAAUACGGGACUGCGUGCUACAUGGGUCGAAGUUGCCCCGUGGUAUUGCUCUGGGAAAUUCCAGUGCGACAGCAAAGGCUGGAGAGGCAGUGGGUAAUUGGGAACGGGAGGCUGCUGUUAUGGUUGGGAGCGUAUUGGGUCCUUUAGGGCGGUAGGACUUUCGGUGAUCAUAUCUCAUCCCCACAAGUCUGUGAUGCAGCCUUCCUCCCGAUCGGCGCAAAUGUUGCCGUCAAGAGUCGUUGGAUGAGUGAAGAAUAUAUUCAUUCAUUAUACGAGGUCCGUAUUUCAAGCAAGAGAACCAAGCGUCGGUUUCCCUUUUCCAAACAACGUUUUCUCCCGCUCUGGUUCGUCACUGUAAUACAUGGGCUUGCACAUCAUGGUAUAUCUGUUAUACAAGGUUUCUGGUCAUAGGUGCCACUGGCUGAAUGUCGUCUAUUGCCCUAUCCCUCCACAGAACGGUGUCCUAGUCUCUGAAUCAUCCCAGCCAUGAACUCUUCCCCCGACCUUCUUUCGCCUUCGCCGCAGCCUUUGCGUCGUCUCUCUGAAUCUGGGCUAUC